UUUUUUUUUUUUUUUUUUACCCCCUCCCUCUCCCCCCCUCCUUUUUUUUUAAUUUUUAAUUUUUAAAAUUUUUAUUUUUUUUUAAAUUUAAAUAAUUUGCUUUUCCCCUGUGGAUAACGAUCGAGAGGAGCCCGGAGGAGGGGGGGGGGGGUCGGUGGGGAGCCCGGUCCCGGCGGGCAGGAGGCGAUGCAGACGCCGCUGGAUCAGCGCUCACCGAGCCGGCACCGAGCGCAGCACCGAGCGCAGCGCCGACCGCAUCCAACUCCCCCGCAGCACAGGAUGGAAGCGCUGGCGUCCUGCCUGGGGCUGUGGCUCCUCUGCCAGCUCCCUGCCCUGGUCUCUGGGACUCGUGUGGUCUACAAAGUGCCAGAGGAACAACCCCCCAACACCCUGAUCGGGAGCCUGGCCUCCGAUUACGGCUUCCCAGACGUGGGGCACCUCUACAAGCUGGAGGUGGGAGCCCCGUAUCUCCGCGUGGACGGCAAGACCGGGGACAUCUACACCACGGAGACCUCCAUCGACAGGGAGAGCUUGCGGGAGUGCCAGCACCUCCUGCCCGGAGAACCCUGCUUCCUGGAGUUCGAAGUCUCCAUCACUGACCUGAUCUUGAACAGCGGCCCCCGCCUGCUGGAGGGGCAGAUAGAGGUGCUGGAUAUCAAUGACAACACCCCCAACUUUGCCUCGCCCGUCCUCACCCUCUCCAUCCCUGAAAACACCAACCUCGGGGCGCUCUUCCCCAUACCCCUGGCCAUGGACCGGGACUCGGGGUCCAACGGCGUCGCCUCCUACGAGCUGACGGCUGGACCGGAGGCGCAGGAGCUCUUUGGGCUGCAAGUGGCAGAGGAUCAGGAUGAGAAGCAACCGCAGCUGAUUGUCAUGGGGAACCUGGACAGGGAGCAGUGGGACUCUUACGACUUGACCAUCAAAGUGCAGGAUGGAGGCAACCCACCCCGGGCCAGCAGCGCCCUGCUCCGCAUCACCAUCCUGGACAUGAACGACAACGCGCCCAAGUUUGAGAAGGCUCUGUACGAGGCUGAGCUCUCUGAAAACAGCCCCGUGGGGCACUCUGUCCUCCAGGUGAAAGCCAACGAUUCGGAUCAGGGCGCCAACGCCGAGAUCGAUUACUCCUUCCACCAGGCCUCGGACAUGGUGCGGAGGCUCCUGCGCCUCGACCGCGCCACGGGGCUCAUCACCGUCCAAGGGCCCAUUGACCGCGAGGACGUCGGCACCCUCAAGUUCUCCGUCAUGGCCAAGGACAAAGGGGCCAACCCCAAGAACGCCCGCACCCAAGUGGUGGUCACCAUCAAGGACAUGAACGACAACGCGCCCUCCAUAGAGAUUCGGGGCAUCGGGCUGGUCACCCACCAGGAUGGCAUGGCCAACAUCUCGGAGGACGUGCCGGUAGAGACGGCGGUGGCUCUGGUGCAGGUGUCAGACCGAGAUGAGGGCGAAAACGCCGUGGUCACCUGCGUGGUGGCUGGUGACGUCCCGUUCCAACUGCGGCAGGCCAGCGAGACAGGGAGUGACAGCAAGAAGAAAUACUUCCUGCAGACCACCACGCCACUGGACUACGAGUCGGUGAAGGAGUACACCAUUGAGAUCGUGGCGGUGGACUCGGGGAACCCGCCCCUCUCCAGCACCAACUCCUUGAAGGUGCAGGUGGUGGACGUGAAUGACAACGCCCCUGUCUUCAGCCAGAGCUUCACCGAGGUGGCCUUCCCCGAGAACAACGAGCCCGAUGACCUGGUGAUGGAGGUGAGCGCCAGCGAUGCUGACAGCGGCUCCAACGCCCAGCUAGCUUAUUCCCUGGUGACGGACCCCUCUUCCAAAGGCUCCUUCAGCAUUGACCCAGACUCCGGGGAGAUCCGGGUGAAGGCGGUGCUGGACCGAGAGCAGCGGGAGCGCUACGAGUUCUUGGUGGUGGCAGCAGACAAGGGCAGCCCCAGCCUCAAGGGCACAGCGUCUGUGGCCAUCAACGUCAUGGACCGGAAUGACAACGACCCCAAAUUCAUGCUGAGCGGCUACAACUUCUCUGUGAUGGAGAACAUGCCACCCCUCAGCCCCGUGGGCAUGGUGACGGUGAUCGAUGCUGACAAAGGAGAGAACGCCCGCAUCCAGCUGUCGGUGGAGCAAGACAACGGGGACUUUGUCAUCCAGAAUGGCACCGGCACCAUCCUCUCCAGCAUCUCUUUUGACCGGGAGCAGCAGAGCACCUACACUUUCCGCCUCAAGGCGGUGGAUGGCGGAGAUCCCCCCAGGUCUGCCUACGUGGGGGUGACCAUCAAUGUCCUGGAUGAGAACGACAACGCUCCCUUCAUCACGUCACCCUCCAACGCCACCUACAAACACAUCCUGCCCCACACCAGCCCCGGCCAGCAGGUGAGCAAAGUCAAGGCGGAGGACAUCGACUCCGGCGUCAACGCGGAGCUGACCUACAGCAUCACGGGAGGCAACCCCUUCGAGCUCUUCCAGAUCUCCCCGCACAGCGGAGACAUCACCCUGGAGAAGGAGAUCCUGCGGAAGCACCACGGCCUGCACCGUUUGGUCGUGCGGGUCAACGACAAGGGCAAGCCCUCACGGCACGGCACGGCGCUGGUGCACUUCUACGUCAACGAGACGUUGGCCAACCGCACGCUGCUGGACACCCUGGUGGGCCACAGCCUGGACACCCCGCUGGACAUCGACAUCGCCGGAGAUCCCGAAUACGAGCGCAGCAAACAGAGAAGCAACAUCCUCUUCGGAGUCAUUGCCGGCAUUGUGGCCGUCACCCUGGUCAUCGUGCUGGUGGUCCUGGUGCGCUACUGCCGGCAGCGGGAGGCCAAGAGCGGCUACCAGGCGGGCAAGAAGGAGACCAAGGACCUCUACACCCCCAAGCAGGCCAGCAAGAGUGGGAAGAGCAAGGGCAAGGUGAAGAAGAGCAAGUCUCCCAAGCCGCCCAAGCCCACGGAGGAUGAAGAGGAGACGGGGCUGCAAAAAUCGCUGAAGUUCAACCUGAUGAACGACUCUGUCAGCGACAGCCCCCGGAUCCACCUGCCCCUCAACUACCCGCCGGGCAGCCCAGACCUGGGUCGUCACUACCGCUCCAACUCGCCUCUGCCCUCCAUCCAACUCCAACCUCAGUCGCCCUCGGCCUCCAAGAAGCACCAAGUGGUGCAGGACCUGCCGGCCACCAACACCUUUGUUGGCACCGGGGACAACAACUCGACGGGCUCUGAGCAGUACUCGGACUACAGCUACCGCACCAACCCCCAGAAAUACACCAACAAGCAGUUACCUCAUCGCCGAGUGACGUUCUCUGCAGCCAGCCAGGCUCAGGACCUGCAGGAUCCCUCCCAGCACAGCUACUACGACAGUGGGCUGGAGGAAUCAGAGACCCCAAGCAGCAAAUCAUCAUCGGGACCUCGCAUCGGGCCCCUGGCCCUGCCUGAGGAUCACUACGAGCGCACCACGCCCGACGGCAGCAUCGGGGAGAUGGAGCACCCUGAGAAUGAGUCCCCUGAGCGGAGCAGGCUGUGAAGGGGGCUGCGCUCAGAUCUGCGGCCCCUGCCCGAUGUAGCCAUGACGGGGACCUGCACCCGGGAGUGCACAGAGUUCGGCCACUCCGAUACCUGCUGGAUGCCCGGCCAGUCCUCCCCCAGCCGCAGGCCCAAGAACGCCCUCAAACUCUCCACUUUUGUGCCUUACCAAGACAGAGGGAGUCAAGAGCAAGUCGGGAAUGGCAGCCCCAGACUCUCAGAAGAGCGCAGCACCAAAAUGCCCAACCUCCGCCUGCUCCCCACGUACAGUGCCUUCUCCAAUAGUAGCCAUGAGCCCUGCAAGGACUCUCCCAUGGAGGAAAUUCCUCUCACCCAGACCUCGGACUUCCAGCCAGCCACCACCCCUUCCUCCCAAACCACCAAGAGGGAGAUCUACCUGUGAGGCUGGGCUGGGGGUUGGCGAGGGGGGCAGCAGGGAGCGGAUUCCCCUUCUGAAGGCGAGUGGCCAGAGGAACCUUUUCCAUUUCAAUGCUUUAUGGCUCCUCCUCCGGCGGUGGCUUCAGCCGGGCAGGGCAAGGCAGGGGAUGAGUGGAGCAUCUCUUUUCUUUUUUUUUUUGUUUUUUUGGUUUGCGACCCCUUGGGCCGGGGUAUUAGGGGUGGGGGAUGUUGUUGGGUGGGAGAAGGGUGAAAAUCAUCCCACCCACCCACCCACCCCAUCAAUUUCUAAAGCACUUGGCGCGUCUCCGAACCGCUGCGUCGCCGGGGAGGGCUGGGCAGGGCACAGCUGGGGAGAAGGGCUUUAUGUACCAAAGGUCCAUGCAGAGCUGGGGGAGUUCCUGGGGCAUGGGAGGAGGAGGAGGAGGAGAAGGAGGAGAAGGAGGAGGGAAUGUCCCCGCCCAGGGGGAGCGAACUGCCUGGCUCUUUGCUGUAGACUCCUGUAAAUACGAACCUUAGGAAUGACAAUUCAAGUCCUGCCUGAUCGCAAACUUUUUAUUGUCCUUGAAACAAAGCGAAAGAAAACAAGCAAACAGCAAAACAGAGACGUUUAAACAAACAAACGAAAAAAAGAAAAAAAAAAAGGAAAAGGAAAAAAAACAAAAACACAAAAAAGAAACAAACCACAGGGAGCAAGUUCCAGCUUUGAAUGGUUUUGCUGCGUGGAAGAGCCCACGGGAGCGCAGCCUCCAGCCCACACUCGUGUUCUAUAUUGUAAAUAGAGAUGUGACCCGUCCCUGAAACAGCAGCUGGGGAGCUGGAGGAGAGGGGCAGCAUCCUCCUCGCCGGACUGUAGGGACUUUUUUUGCUAUUUUUCAGCCUGGAUCUCUUUUCUGAACGUUGUCACUGUGCCCACAAGCUGCAGGGUCCCUUGGGGACUGCCUGGUGCCAUAGGCAGGGUCUGCGUGGAGGGGGGAGGUGGGGAUGGCCCCAGGGGCGGCCCUGUGCCCAGCAGGUGGAGGAGGGAUGGAGAAGCCCCUGGUCCAGGGACCGGCCGGCUCAGGAGAAGCCCUCUAGUCCAACUCUGCUGGCAGGGGAGGUGCUAUCGGUUCCGGGGUCUCAACCCCACCUCCCGGUGCCUCCUCCGGGGCAGGGGAUGCCCGUGUGGGCGGCUGUGCCACGCCUUCCACCUCCCUCCCGUCCGCCUCUAAGCCACCAUUGCCUUUGUGAGGAGGAGCUUUGUCUCAGGGUCACACCGGGGGCCACCGAGCCCCUGCCCGCUGGAGUCCCGCUUGCCCUUAGGCCACAGGGCCACUCUCACGGGCUCCGGCUUUCUCUUCCAUUGUCAAAGGUCGACCGGUCUCCCCGGUGGGUCCCCUCUGUCCUUGGCCCCCUUGCAGGGUACCCAACUCGGGGUGACCCCCGGGCGGGACCCCUCACCCUUCCAAGGGGUUCUCCAGGGCGCUUUCCUGAGCCUCUCUGCUCCCCUCCUAGUCCUGGUUUGGGGAGCUCCUCUAGAAGGUGGAGUCUGGGAGACUCGUGCCUCCACCUUGGGGUGCCCAUCAGGGUCCUCCCCCCUCUUUGGGAGGCAGGGGGGGAGGGGGCUGUGCUGCACCGUUGUUCUUCCCGUACUCACACGCGCAUCGGUCGCCUUCAUCUCUGGGAUCUUCCUUAGGGAGCGAAGCCAGCGGUGGUGGUAGCUGCAGGAUGGUUCCCCCCGAAGGGUUCCUGGUGGAGCUGCCUUGGCCGAGCUUGACGGGCAGGGGGGGGACACCGCAGGGCCAGGGCCAGGGCCAGCACGGGGCAGAACCUGCCCUGCCACAGUGCCUGUUGGGGUGCAGCGCACCAGGGCCCCCCCUGCCCAGCCUCCUCCUCCUCCUCUUCCUCCAGCAUCCCUCUCUCUGAGCAGCUCCUCCCCCUUUGGCGAGGUGCGGGCGGCUCCCCGUGACCCGAAGGGACAUGGGGUGAGCUGAGCCCGGGUGACAAGGGAAGGGCAGCAGAAGGCACCUGCUGGAACCCAUCCCUCCCGCUCCUCACCUUCCCCGGGGCAGCACCCCGGGCGGCCUCGGCACCUCGAGGUGUCACCUCUGGGGGUCACCUGGAGGAGGCAGGACCCUCCUCCUCCCGGCCUCCCGCUGCCGGCAGUCCCUCGGGGUGGGGGUGACGCUCCAGUCCACCCACCCACCCACCCCUCCGGGCAUCCCUGCUUGACCCUGACCCGCCCGUCAGGGCCCGUGUUCCCCUGGCCUGGCUGCCUGAGCAGGUCAAGCUCCUCAAACUUGUUUUUAUUGUAGCUCUGUAGUUUCAGGGCCAAACUGGGCAGAAUGUGCAAUUUGGCCGCGCUGGCCAGGAUCCUUUUGACUCCACUGCCAACCCAACUGCUCGUGCAGGGGCAGUGUCCCGGUGCCCCUCUUGGGGACCCCCCCUGCUCCCCAGGAGAGCCACGUAGCCACAUCUGAAGGGUGCUUGUCCAAGACUGGCUUCCCCGCUUCCAUCUCCUCGCCCACCUUCUGCCGGGGGUCCCCCCGAACCUGGGCUUGGUGUCUUGUCUCCUGGAGCACCCGGUGAGGUUCUCCCUGCUAGCACAGGGUGAGGGUGGGGGUGAGUGCUGAGAGGGUC